UGUGUAGAAUUGACCCUCAGCAAACAGCACCUUAAUGGUAGCUAGUCACGCCUAUUUAACAGAAGCAGAGCUCAUUUCAACAUACUAAGCCAUGGAGUGGUUGUGGCCUUCAAACCUUUCCAUUUCCCUCAGCCUUUUCUCACUAGCACUCCUAUCCCUGCUCCUCCUCCGUGCAAAGUCCAGCCAAAAAAGACACCCUCCGGGGCCAUCAGGAUGGCCAAUAUUUGGGAACCUGUUCGAUCUUGGUUCAAUGCCACACCGGACUCUAACUGACAUGAGACAGAAGUAUGGUAAUGUUAUUUGGUUAAGACUCGGUGCUAUGAACACCAUGGUGAUUCUAUCAGCUAAGGCUGCUACCGAGUUCUUCAAGAACCAUGACCUAUCAUUUGCUGAUCGCACCAUAACGGAAACAAUGCGUGCCCACGGCUACGAUCAAGGCUCCCUGGCCCUUGCACCUUAUGGUUCGUAUUGGCGCGUCCUCAGGCGGCUGGUCACUGUAGACAUGAUAGUAACCAAACGCAUCAAUGAAACAGCUUCUAUACGUAGAAAAUGUGUUGAUGAUAUGCUGCAAUGGAUUGAAGAGGAGUCAUGUAAAGUUGGGAAGGCUGCCGGAAUUCAUGUUUCACGGUUUGUGUUCUUGAUGACAUUUAAUAUGUUAGGAAAUCUUAUGCUUUCACGUGAUUUAUUAGAUCCAGAAUCAAAGGUGGGAUCUGAAUUUUUUGAUGCAAUGAUGGGGCUAAUGGAGUGGUCAGGGCAUGCUAACCUGGCGGAUUUUUUUCCAUGGUUGAGGCGGCUAGACCUACAAGGAUUGAGGAAGAACAUGGAGAGGGAUCUUGGGAAGGCCAUGGAGAUUGCUUCGAAGUUUGUGAAGGAGAGGGUGGAGGAUAAGAUAGUGACAAGUGAUUCGAGGAAGGAUUUCUUAGAUGUUCUGCUUGAGUUCAGAGGCAGUGGAAAAGAUGAGCCUGAUAAACUUUCAGAACGGGACGUCAACAUUUUUAUACUGGAAAUAUUUCUGGCCGGUUCAGAAACCACCAGCAGUACUGUUGAGUGGGCACUGACCGAGCUCCUAUGCAACCCAGAGUCGAUGAUCAAGGUUAAAGCUGAGCUUGCUCAAGUAGUUCGAGCAAGCAAGAAAGUUGAAGAGAGUGACAUGGAAAAUCUUCCAUUCUUGCAAGCUGUGGUGAAGGAAACUCUGCGACUACACCCUCCAAUUCCCUUUCUAGUUCCAAGAAGAGCAAUGCAAGACACCAAUUUCAUGGGAUAUGAUAUACCCAAGAACACACAAGUUCUAGUUAAUGCCUGGGCUAUUGGAAGAGACCCAGAUGCAUGGGAUGAUCCUUCGUGUUUCAUGCCUGAAAGGUUCAUCGGAAAAAGAGUUGACUAUAGAGGUCAAGAUUUGGAGUUCAUUCCUUUUGGAGCCGGGAGACGAAUGUGUGCAGGUGUGCCACUAGCUCAUCGAGUUCUUCACCUUAUUUUGGGGUCCUUGCUUCACCAUUUUGACUGGGAAUUUGAAGCUAAUGUCAACCCAGCCAGUGUAGAUAAGAAAGAUAGAAUGGGUAUUACAGUGCGUAAAUCUGAACCAUUAAUGGCGGUACCUAAGAGGUUUAAUAAGGCGUGAGACUUGAAAUGUAUCAUCUGCUACACUGCUGCUUAAUUUGAUGCUAUGAACUUCAUGAUCACUCCUUGUAUUGUCAGAAUUAAAAGAUUUUCUUGUUGAGUUGGGUGGGCUUUUGUUAUUAUUAACUGGAUUGGACCUAAAAUAUAUUUCAUUCUGGGAGAUGCCUUGAAUUCCAAGGCCCCAGGACUUGUUUUA